AUGACUGGCAUUAUCGCGUUAUCUUUCCUCUUAUACCAAUUGAAUAGAAGGUAUAGACAGCUAUCAGAUAAUAUAAUUGGCACUGUUUUCGAUCCAUAUAGAGAUGUUGUUUUAAUCACUGGUGGUUGUUCUGGUCUAGGAAAAGAAUUGGUUUCUGUAUUUCGCAAAAAGGGCGCCAAAGUUGUUGUGUUUGACAUUGACAUAUCAAACUCUUCUAAUAAGUUUGAAGGUGUUCAUUACUAUAAAUGCGAUGUUAGCGAUCGAAAACAAGUUUUAAAAAACGCUGAUUUAGUUAAGAAGGACAUUGGGAUUAUAACUAUAUUGAUCAAUAAUGCUGGCAUUACUACAGGAAAAAGCAUUGUGGAUUUAAGCUAUCAGGAAAUCGAAAAGACUAUACAAAUUAACUUGUUGUCGAAUUUUUAUACUAUCAAGGCAUUUCUUCCUGAUAUGUUGAAAAUAAGAAGAGGCUACAUUGUUACAAUUGCAUCUGUACUUGGGUAUAUGUCUCCAGCCAGACUUAGCGCUUAUGGUGCUUCAAAAUCUGGAUUGAUUGCUCUUCAUGAGUCUCUAACAUACGAAUUAGGUCCUCCUUCGUUAACUCCAACUGGGGUUAAGACGUUGCUUGUUUGUCCAGGUCAAUUGAGAACUAAUAUGUUUAAUGGAGUGACAACACCUAAUCCUAUUUUAGCUCCUGAGCUUGACCCUCAUUAUCUUGCAAAAUUUGUUUUAUCAUCUGUGCAAUUAGGUAGAAGAGGUGAAGUAAAGUUGCCGUUUUAUGGAAAUUUUCUUCCAAUCUUUAGGGCUUUACCAUGGCAAAUCACUGAAAGAGUUCGAAAUUACUCUGGUGUUGAUAGAGGUAUGAAUUCUUAUAAACGUUUAAUUCCUAAAACUGAAAAUACAAGUUUAGUUGCAACCCCAGAAUCAGGACUAGAUCUUAAAACAAAUUAA